UCUGCCUAGCUACUUGUUUUCUCUCUUUUUAAUCACCAACUGACUGCGUUCACUUACUGACUCACCAAAUCUACACCAGAGAUGGGGGAUAAAGCGGGGACCCGGGUAUUCAAGAAGUCCAGCCCCAAUGGCAAGGUUACAGUAUACCUGGGGAAAAGAGAUUUUGUGGAUCAUCUUGAUCACGUGGACCCAGUAGAUGGGGUGAUACUGGUGGAUGCAGAUUACCUGAAGGACAGGAAAGUGUUCGUGACCCUGACUUGCGCGUUCCGCUAUGGCCGUGAGGAUCUGGACGUUCUUGGGCUCUCCUUCCGGAAAGACCUUUACAUUUCCACUUUUCAAGCCUUCCCGCCCGUUCCAGAGGAGAGCAAGCCUAACAGUCGUCUACAGGAUAGGCUGCUGAAGAAACUGGGCCCACAUGCUCACCCUUUCCAUUUUACUGUGAGUGCAGCUAACUCUGCACAUACUCAGACUCUUUUAUUGAACACUCCACCCCUUGCAAUCCCUCAAAAUCUCCCUUGUUCCGUGACCCUGCAGCCUGGCCCAGAGGACACUGGGAAGGCAUGUGGGGUAGAUUUUGAGAUCAGGGCUUUCUGUGCCAAAUCUGUGGAGGAGAAGAUACACAAGAGGAAUUCUGUCCGGUUAGUGAUCCGCAAAGUCCAGUACGCCCCUGAGAAACCUGGCCCACAACCAAUGGUCGAGACCACGCGCAGUUUUUUAAUGUCUGACCGCUCGUUGCAUCUAGAAGCUUCUUUGGAUAAAGAGAUCUACUACCAUGGAGAGCCAAUCAGCGUGAAUGUUCAUGUCACAAACAACUCUACCAAGACUGUCAAAAAAGUCAAGAUAUCUGUGCGGCAAUACGCAGAUAUCUGUCUUUUCAGCACAGCACAGUACAAAUGCCCAGUGGCCCAGAUAGAAGCAGACGACCAGGUCUCGGCCAGCUCCACCUUCUGUAAGGUCUACACACUCACCCCAACGCUGAACAAUAACAGGGAGAAACGGGGGCUGGCCCUGGACGGCAAACUCAAGCACGAAGACACGAACCUGGCUUCAAGCACCAUAGUGAAGGAUGCGAGUAACAAGGAGAUUCUUGGAGUGUUGGUGUCUUACCGAGUCAAAGUCAAACUGGUCGUCUCUCGCGGAGGAGACGUCGCAGUGGAGCUGCCGUUCGUCUUAAUGCACCCCAAACCGGCAGACCUCUCCGCUUCUCGUCCGGCCUCAGCCGUCCCAGAGGUGGAUUGCCCUAUCGACACCAACCUGAUCGAGUUUGACACAAACUGUUUCACUCAGGAUGACGACUUUGUGUUUGAAGACUUCGCUCGCCUACGGCUAAAAGGAAUGACUGAUGACAAAGAUGAAGACUGCUGAAUCUCCUUUCGCUAUCAAUCAUUUUCUAUUCUC